AUGGUCACCAUUGUUUUUGAUCAUCCUGCGGAGGACUUUCCAGAUUUGAAAAUCGCUGGGGAGUUUACCGAUUGGGAAGGUGUACCCAUGAAAAUAAAUACUGAUAGUGGGAAAUGGGAAUACGAAUUUGAUGAAUCUUCGACAACUAAACAUAACGAUAAAGAUAAGGUCCAUUUUAAAUUUAUAGAUCAGAAUGGUAACUGGUUUGCCGAUGAUGAGUAUCCAAAAGAAAUUGACGAGCAUAGCAACGAAAAUAAUGUUGCCACCUUAAGCAAUAAUGAAGAUGGCGGAAGCGCAAAUGAGGAAAGGAGAGAGAGUGACAAAGCUGCACACGAAGCAAAUAAAGAUGAGUCAGAGCUGUAUUAUGAGGGUCCUGCGACGCCAACUCCUUCUCUAAAAAGCAGCAUGAAAUUCGCUUCUUCCAAAGCAGCGAAUUUACAAAAUGGUCCUGCUUCUACAGAAGAAGCCAUCAGAAAAGAAGUAAAGCACGAACAUGCUCCAUUGAGUGAAGCUCCACUAGGAGGUAAUUCAAAAGAAGCGAAUAAAGAACCCUCUCCGACCUUUUCUCAACAACAGGAAGAGAAAAAAAAGGAUGAAGGUUUAGACAAUCUUUCUGAAGGUAACGAUAACACAAGAGUUAAUGAAGAUACAGACAUAACUGACUCGCAAGAAUCAGAACAUGAGAUCAACGGUUCCGACACUGAAAACACUGAUAUAUCCGAGCAAGAAGAAAUACAAAAAAGGGAUAAGCCCGUCGACCAAAGCGCUAAGUCACUUGUAAAAGAAGGCGAUACCAAUACUGAAGAUUAUGAAAGUGUCUUGGAAAAGCUCCUGGGGGCAUUAGGUCGCUUCUUCGGCUCAUGGUUCUCUUGGUUGACAACGAAAAUGUCAGGUACAGAGACAGCUUAA